AUGACACAAACUACACCCCCUUUGCUCGCCAUUGCUACGACUUUGACUUUCGCAAUCUGUCUUCAAUCAGUUACCUUUGUGGCUGCCCAAACAGCGGCAGUAUACAGUGGAUGUGGCAGAGAUGUUUAUUAUGAUUCCCUUUCUGACAAUCCUAGUCGCCAGGAAAUCAGCAAUCUCUUGAAGUCGACUCAUCGAAACGUUCUUCCUUACACAAGUAGUCGAGAAGACACUUGGGAUGCGCUCAUGGACCUCGAUCCAGGUAGCCAACCUGGGACUACUGUCAAACUGAUUUAUUCCGAUCAUGAGGCACAAGGCGAGGCUCCGUCUGGUCAAAGCCGAGCCUGGAAUCGGGAGCACUUGUGGCCCAAAUCACAUGGUGUAGGUUAUAGCGGAGCUGACUUUACCGACGUCCAUCAUUUGCGACCGGCAGAUGUCAAUGUCAACUCGGCACGGGGCAACAAAUAUUUUGCGGCGUGUGGGAUUGUGGAACCAUUGGAUAGCUGCCGAAGCCCUGCCCAUUCCGAAGCGUCCGACAGUACGACUACGGACAAUGAGGUUUGGCUUCCACCUACAGAGGUGCGUGGAGAUAUUGCCCGAGCAUUGUUCUACAUGGAACUGCGGUAUUCGGGUGUUGGAGGAGACCCAAAUCUGGAGUUGACAGAUUGCCCGACGGAAGUUUCGGACACCAAGUUGGCGUAUUUGUCGCAAUUGAUAGAAUGGCACCAAACCGAUCCGGUGGAUGAGGUGGAAAGGAAUCGAAAUGGGCGUGUUUGUGAGCGUUGGCAAGGGAACCGAAAUAUCUUUGUGGACUUUCCCGAUCUCGUUGAAAGAUUGUAUGGACAGGCGGCACAACCGAAUCAAUCCAAUGGCUACGAGUGCAGCCUGGGUGGAAAUGCACCUCCUCCUACUGCUUCUCCUAUUACCUCCCCUACGAUCUCUCUUCCUCCGUUGGAUUCCGAGGCAUGUGGUGCAUUGGUAGCUGGGGAUAUCCAAGUCAUUGGGGUGCACAGCGACAGUCCCGACGAGGUUGCCCUCGUAACACUAGUGGAUCUCCCUGGUGGAUUGGAAAUUUAUCUGACGGACAACGGGUGGGCUGGUAUCGAAUUCCGAGAUUCGGAGGGAACUGGAAAGCUUAUUGUUCCACAAGGAGGGCUUUCGGCAGGGACCAUUUUCGGAUUUGGUGAAGACUCAAACCUCCUCCUGGCAACGGCGUGGACACAGACCGGGGCCUUGGCCCUUUCCACUCAAGGCGACUCUGUAAUUGUGUAUUGCCAGCCGUCGGAAGGAAAAUACAAUUUUUUGGGAGCUGCUACAACCAACAAUGUUUGGGACGCAACUCAAUCGGACAGCAACAACAGCGGUCUACCAGCUGGCUUAGAAAAUGCCAGCAUUGCACUGCCUCAUUUCGAUAACUACAUCUAUAUUGGUCCAGCAGAUGGGAAGAAGUCAGACAUUGUAGCGGCAAUUGCAAACGAAGAGUAUUGGAGUGGUUUUGACAACGCACAGCCACUCAAGUUUGAGAAUUCAUUUGUUGUUGCUUCUGACACCGUAUCAGACUGUCGCGGUUUGAAACCUGGUGAUGUGCAAGUCAUUGGUGUUCACAGUGAUGAUCCAGAUGAGAUUGCCCUCGUUGCGCUUCAGGAUCUUCCUGCCAAUCUAGAGCUGUACUUGACUGAUGAUGCUUGGACCAGCGACGGCUUUCGAGGUUCCGAAGGCACCGUCAAGUUGAUUGUACCAGACAGUGGGAUCCCAAAAGGCAGCAUUUUUGGAUUCGGGGAUGAAUCCACUUUACUGUAUUCCAGCAGCUGGUCUGCCGUGAGUGGCAGCCUUGCUCUUUCAACUCAGGGCGACGCUCUUGCUGUUUACUGUAAACCGACAGAAUCUACAUACAACUUCCUUGCAGCUCUAAGCUUCAGUGGCCCUUGGGUCAGCAGUGGUUUUAGCAGUAGCAAUGGCGCGCUACCACCGGGACUAGAGCAGAUAAACACGGUCUUGAGUCACCUUGACAACUAUCAGUAUGUUGGGCCUACAUCGGGAAGCAAAUCUGAAUUGAUUUCUGGAAUAGGAGACGAAACAAAUUGGAAAGGAUCCAAUUCCGGUGAAUCUGGUGUUUACCAAAAUACCUUUACUGUGAUGGCCGGCAGUAGCGACAUCACGCCUUCUGGGGGGAGCCCAGGUGACGAGUCUGCUUCUGCCACUACCGGUAGAAUAUCCCUCCGCUGUCUCGCUUUUGCUCUUUCUAUGCUUCUAUGA